UCGACGAGCAAGAUGGCCGUCGCGGAACAUAUGACAAAGAACGGCGGGCUCCUGUCGCGGCAUCCGACGACGGCGACAUCCUCGCGACGACGAGCGGGACGCGGCACAGCUGAUCGUCGCCGUUAACCGCCGCCCGUUGGCGGCCGCGUCGUCGCGUUUCUCCAGGUGCGGCGACGGGGCGAUCAGGAAGAUCAGACACGGGGAAAGAGAAAGAGCAGGCUGUGUAUGUGCGUUGCGUGUAUACGCGAGUUCGCGUGGGUGUCUCGGUAAGCGCGACUCGGGGAGUCGGAAUCGAAGAUCGACGUCGUCGCGUCCGCGGUGCUGCUUCGCGGUGGUGCCGCCGUCGACGCCGUCGCGUCCUGCCCGCGUCCGUGGUGACAUAGUGGUGAUAUAGCGCGGCGCAGCGGGGGAGCCAUGACUACGCGUGGAGAAUGGGCUCGAUCGCGUCGGUGUUGCAAUGGCAUUGCUCGGAGUGCGCCCUGAUAAAUCCAACGGAGAGCGCGAGAUGCGCCAGGUGCGGGCUGACGCGGCUCAGGAGCGACGAGAGGGCCGGCGGUGUCGACCGUGUCCCGUCGAUCGCCGCGGAGCGUAGCGGAAGCGCGCGGCAAGAGGAGGAAGAGGAGGAGGAGGAGGAGGGGGAGGGGGAGGAGGAAGGUGCGGGGGCGCGCGAGCGACGUUCGACGAGGGAAGGACGCGAGGACGAAGAGUGCCCACGGGCACAGGCGUCGUCGUCCACCUCCGGGGAAUCGACGCCGCCGACGCCACCGCCGAGGACCGACAGAUUGGCGGCGCGCAACCCCCAGACGGAAACGUCGCUACCUGUCAGCCAGUGCGGCGAGUCCCGACGCGCUGUUACUAACGGUUCCGAGAGAUAUCUGUCUGCAUGCAAAGUUAAGAAAAAUUUACGUUGUGGUUCAUGGAAUGGCAGCUCAUCUGAAAGGAAACCACUGAAACGUUUUUCGUCUUUACCUUCUUUAAUCACACAAUGGACUUGUAUUCGAUGUCUAUUGGACAAUAACUGCAGUUCAUUGGUUUGCGCUGCUUGUGAUGCCAGUGCAUCAAUAGCUCAAAUCGAUGGAAAGAAGAUUGGUGCACGCAAGAGCAAAAAGAUUACGCUGCAUAAAGAAAAUCGUCUUAAAAUCCCCUCUGGACUUUUGGCCAAUGUUCUAGAUGUGAAUGCUGGUACAAGCAACUCCAGUAAUAAUGAUAAAAUUAAUAAUACAGGCAUGGCACAGUUGACAAGCAUAAGUCGAAACGAAAGACAAAGAGUGGACCAUAAAGAUUGGAUUUUACCGUCAAUUGGAGCAAUGGAGUCUACUGCGCUUCCGUUUACAGAAAAUACCGAUACCUCUCAACGCUCUCCGAAACGACAUAGUCCUUCUAUGUAUGAACGGGUCAAGUCUAAAGUCAGUCGUUCGUUAUCGAAUGGUUCCGUUGUUCAAAAAUUGUCAGAACAUGUGGUGCAAAGACCCACGAGCCUAGUAGUACCGGAAACGCGGCAAGACGAUGGCUUAUGGAGCUGCGACAAUUGCACGUUGGACAAUGCGCCUGGUUUGGAACAGUGCGAAGCGUGCGACGCUCCUAGGAGUCCCGCACCCUGCAGCGGAGUGGUUAUCAGUGUGCCAGCUUGGGUGCCACGCGCGCUAUCAUCCGCGGGACCUCUAUCUUACAGAAGAUCCUUUUCCGACGCCGAUUCCGUUGCGAACGUGACGCAGAAGAAGACUGUCAAUCGUAGAAGUUUGAACGAUGAGGAACCACCCGCGGUACCGCCACAUUCCAUCGGCUUCAACUCGAGACCAAAGUAUUCCUACAUCGGGAUCACAGAUCCCGAUAUACCGCCGCCAUUGCCAAAGAAACAGAGCAGUAAGUUAGGUCUGGUACCGACGAAAGCGCACAGCGAGGCGACCAGUCCGGUGGGUGAUGUACCGAAUAUGAGUCCACUUAAGCGUAUGUGGACCUGCAGAAAGUGUUCUUAUGCAUAUAACCCAUUGUGGUCCAGUGGUUGCGAUAUUUGUGGCUCAUCCAGAUCGCCCCCAUCGUUGACACAACCCAGCUUGAUAACUGUCACGAAGGACACGAGUAGCUAUCCGACGCACGCACAAUCGCCGAUCGUGGUGUCGAGAGAUAGUGUCAGAUAUAUACCACCGAAAUCAGCCACCUUGGCUACGGCAGAGUCCGAUCUAGACGAUCAGAUAGAUCCACCAUCGCCGGUGUGGACGUGCAAAAAGUGUACUCUGUUGAAUGCCGCAUCGAGAACGACAUGUGAGGCUUGCUGCGGCUCGAAGCUGAAGAGCAUCAUGCAUCUAGAAGAUGCCACUCUGCGAAAAGGCGAGAGCUGGGUAUGCCCGUCAUGCACGCUGAGGAAUCCGCUCUCGGCGCAAAACUGCAACGCUUGCAAAACUUUGGCAGACUUUCUCGAAGUUCCGAAAGAUAAUAGAGCUCUAGGUCAACGGAGUCCAAGCCCGAGACUCUGCUCGACCCCGACAAAUUCCAAAGCAGUUACUCCAAGGCACAGAAAUUCUGUAAGAAGAAAUGGCUCGUCAGCAGCUGACAAAAGGCACUCGAGAACUAGAGAUCCUUCGCAUACUCAAUGGCAAUGCAAAUUGUGCACGUACGAAAACAAGAGUACGACUGUUGUUUGCGAAAUGUGCCAAAGCUCAAAAUCGCUGUCCCAAGUAUCUGGAGAUAGAGGGAUACCUAGGCUCCUCGAAUCAGGCACUAGUACUCUUAGAAUACAACGGCAAGAAAGCGUAGUAAUGGAAAAUCUCAGGCAGCUAGAAGAGAGAGAAGCGCUAGAGAAAUGGGAGCGCAUUGUUCGAUAUUGCAAAGAGACAAAUGAGCCGUUCGUCGACGAUUCGUUUCCUCCUGCUCCGAAAUCCUUGUACUAUAAUCCCGCGGAUACAAAGGAUAAUCAUGUCGUUCAAUGGAGAAGGCCACACCAAAUAAACGUGGAUUCAAGUGUCGAUUCUAAACUGCCUUGGGCUGUCUUUAGGACACCCCUACCCUCUGAUAUCUCGCAAGGUGUCUUAGGAAAUUGUUGGUUACUGUCGGCUUUGGCUGUUCUCGCCGAGAGUGACGAGCUUGUGAGAAGAGUUUUGGUCAUGAAGGAGACAUGCCCCGAAGGUGCUUACCAAGUUAGACUAUGUAAAGAUGGAAAAUGGACGACGGUACUUGUUGAUGAUCUAUUACCCUGUGAUAAGAGAGGUCACUUAGUGUACUCUCAGGCAAAAAGAAAACAACUUUGGGUGCCGCUAAUUGAGAAAGCAGUCGCUAAAAUACACGGCUGUUAUGAAGCCUUGGUAUCUGGCCGUGCUAUAGAAGGUCUAGCGACGUUAACUGGUGCCCCGUGUGAGAGCGUGCCUUUACAACCUUCAGCAUUGCCAAGCGAAGACGAACUCGAUAGGGACCUAAUAUGGGCACAACUCUUGUCCUCGAGGCAGGCUAUGUUUUUAAUGGGUGCUAGCUGUGGAGGAGGUAAUAUGAAGGUUGACGAAGAAGAAUAUCAACGCAAAGGUUUAAGACCGAGGCAUGCGUAUUCUGUUCUCGAUGUACGAGACGUACAAGGAAUACGAUUGUUACGACUACGCAAUCCUUGGGGUCACUACAGUUGGAAAGGGGAUUGGUCGGACGACAGUCCUAUAUGGACUCUGCAAUUACGAGAGAUGCUUAUGCCGCAUGGUGCUUCGGAUGGCGUCUUUUGGAUAUCUUUCGACGACGUUUUAAAGUAUUUCGAUUGCAUUGACAUUUGUAAGACAAGAGUCGGAUGGAGUGAAGUGAGAUUACGCGGCACUCUUCCUCCAUUGUCAUCCCUCAGACAUUUAUCGUGCGUGCUUUUAACAGUAUUAGAACCCACCGAAACGGAAUUUACGCUGUUCCAAGAGGGUCAAAGAAAUUCGGAAAAGUCGCAACGUUCUCAAUUGGAUUUGUGCGUAGUAGUUUUUCGCACGAGAUCUCCGGCUGCUCCGGAAGUUGGUAGAUUAGUAGAGCAUAGUAAACGGCAAGUACGCGGUUUUGUCGGCUGUCACAAGAUGUUGGAGAGAGAUCUGUAUAUCGUUGUGUGCCUAGCUUUUAAUCAUUGGCAUACUGGGAUGGAAGAUACGUCCAGUUACCCAGAAUAUGUUCUCGCCAUUCAUAGUUCAAAGAGGCUUCUGGUCGAACAGAUAUCACCGCCUGCCUUUGUCUUAGCUGAUGCUAUUAUAAGUUUAACAUUGGCUAAAGGGCAACGACACGAAGGUAGAGAAGGUAUGACCGCUUAUUAUUUAACUAAAGGAUGGGCCGGUUUAGUUGUAAUGGUCGAAAAUCGUCAUGUAAACAAAUGGAUUCAUGUAAAAUGCGACUGCCAUGAAAGUUAUAACGUCGUGUCCACAAGAGGACAACUCAGAACUGCCGAUAGUGUUCCCCCCCUUCACAGACAAGUCAUCAUAGUUCUAACGCAAUUGGAAGGUAGUGGAGGUUUCUCUAUAGCACAUCGACUCACGCACAGAUUAGCUAACAGUGGAAAUUUGCACGAUUGGGGACCGCCUGAUACACAACAUUGUCCUCAAAUUGACACUCAGGUGGAGGGUUUGCACAGUCCCCGCUUAAUAACGUGAAGCAUAAAAUACAGACCGAAUAAAAGUUGGACAUUACUGGAGGAAAGUAUUGUCAAGUGGGAUCCUCGGAACGUCAAGAGAAUUGACUGAGAAAAACCAAAGCAAGCUAGAAACAUUUCAGCAUACUAUAAGACGUUCUGAAGAUAUUAGAAUACUCUUUGUGCUUUCUAGCUGAUGAUAUUUCACGGAUGCUCUUAGCGUUGCAACAUGCUCAGCAUUGGACGUAAUACAAUAAGUAACAAUUAAUGUACAAUGGUUCUGGACCCAGUGAUUAAAAAAAUAGAUAUCUUCUUUCGAAUAGAUAGUGGUUCAUGCAUUUUGCGCGCGCUGACGGGAAAAGGAAGAACUAAAAUGAAAAAAAAAAGUAAAAUAUAAAAUACGUGCAAAUUAAGUGUUUCUGCUGGAACCAUUGAACCCCAUAAAGAAGACUUAUGGAAAAUUGAAUAUUUAUGAAGAAACAAGUUGAACAUUUUGCUUGUUAUAUAAACAAAAAAAAAUUAUUUUCUCAACUUAACGUUUACGCGUCGUAAGAAAUGACAAAAUCUAAAGAUUACAUAAUAAUAUAAUGUAAAAUGAAACCAUUAGAGAAAAACCCGUAAAUUAUAAUAUAAGGAUGUGUGUGGACACAUUGUUUUUGGAAUUGCUUAGGAUGUAGUACGAUUAUAUCGGAUCGGGACAUUUCCGAUUUAACCAAUGUUUACAUGCCGAUCUUAUUGCUGUAAUACGUAAGGCCGUAUUCAAAACCCGCAUUUAAGAGAACUUGAAUUCUUAGUUCCAUUCAAUGCGUGCACGCGCGCGCGCGUGCGCGAUAUAAAAGGAGAGGCUGGAGUUUUAUGCAAGAAUUUCCAUGUAUCGACUAUAGGGUAGAACGUUUAGACUUUGUUGUUCCCCGUCUUGCAAUUGGAGAAUGUUAAAAUGAAUGUAGCGUACGACUACAAAGUGAGAAAAAGAGAGAAAGAGUGAACUAAAGAUCUUGAAAGUUUUAAAAUAGCUGAACUCGUUCACUGCCAUUCUAUGCAAUGUAUGUAUAAAGCUUUGUUCUUAUUAUAAAAUUGUUAUUAGUUUUAUACUUAAUUAGUUUUUGGGGGAUAAAAGGAAUAGUCGGUGAUAUUCCUCGCAUACUGGCUACUAUUUUCUCUUGAUAAAUUGGUUGCGAAAUACACACGGGGCAUGCAUGGCAGUCAGCGGGUUAAAAGUCAUUAAUCUUGUGUUUGUAUGCUUUUUAAAAACAUGUGUUUUAAAAAAAUGUUCUCUUUUUCGUCCAUCCAGCCGACAAUGUAGUCGCAAGAUGAAAUUUUAUCGAGAAAAACUCAAUAUUUCUGUUUUAAUGUCAAACUGCCAUAUUCCAUGUUUUUAGACAAUAGUCGAUUGGCACGUGCGGCAUGUUUUGCAAUGGCAAUUCUAUUGAAUCAAAAAAUUGUUUAGUGCUCUCUAUAUACAUUGAAUGUGGUGAUGCGACAAUACGCGAUGCUGUGAUCAGUCAAUAAUGCUUUGACGAACCGAAAAUUUAAUUCUCUCUUAUAUCCUUUAUUUAACAGAGAGACUGAGAGAGAGCAUUGCGAACGCUAUUUCAAUUAACAGUACAAAAUUCCCGUCUACUCUAAAUUCACUCGUUUUAUAUAAAAAUGAGUGGUAUAGAAUCAUAUAAUCGUUUUAUUUCUAGGCAAUUUUUUCUGUUGACAAUUUGUAAAUUAUAUGAUA